AACCUUCUUACCGGCCGAUCGUGGAUCCCCAGCUAAAAACGUACUGAACUGAAGAAAUGCCAAUGUCGACUUCUUCUUCUCCACCUUUCCCAUCCGACGCGGAGAAGAAUUGGAGUGUGCAGCAAUGGAGGAGGAAGAAGAUUACGCCCAGAAGCCACUGCUCGCUACUUCAUCAUCAUCAUCUUCAUACGACCUGGUGAAAAAAACAGGGAAUUUCUGGACUACAACUGCCCAUAUAAUCACAGCGGUGAUAGGGUCAGGGGUUCUGUCGUUGGCAUGGAGUGUGGCUCAGCUGGGAUGGAUUGGAGGCCCUCUUUCAAUGCUGAUCUUUGCAGCAGUCACUGUGUUGUCUUCAUGGCUGCUUGCCGAUUGCUACAGGUCACCUGAUCCAGAGACAGGGUCCAUCAUCAACCACACCUAUAUGCAAGCUGUAAGGCAGCACUUAGGCUAGAAGCAGCUUCAUGUAAGGAAAUCCUUGGUAGCCAUGGAAGGAGUUAAAAUUUUACAUGGAGGCAGGCACAACUAGAACAAGAUAUGUAUCCUGUUUGGAUUGAGGAAAAAGAAGGAGCUGAAUUUAUAUUGUUCUUUUUUUUCCUUUC